AUGGCGCAGGGGCGACUGCUAGGCAUGCCAAACCACAUGGAGAUGAUUCGAGACCGCCUGUGGGCUAUCAAUGGCACGAUCAAGGACGCCGAGCAUCGAGCGUUGAAGGAACCGGAGUUGGAGGAGUGGGUGACCGACGUCGGUGCAGCCAUUGUGGACGUCGACGAUCUGCUCGGUAGGAUCCUUGACUGGCACCCAAGAGGAGGAGCGGCUGCAGCAUCGAAUCGCUCGUCACACUCCAUCUGCAGCAUCCGAGAGGCCUCUCGCCAAGCCAUUCUAUUGGAGCUCAAGGAGAUGGUAGGCAGGCUGAACUAUCUGGUGAGGAGGGGGUCUGUGUUGGGCCUCUGGAAGGAGAUACUGGAGUCUGUGGAUCCACGACAAGAAGAAGAGUACUCCACCGUCCUAAGAGAAGAGGUGGUGGGACGGAACGAGGAUGUAGAAAAAAUCAUCGACAUUUUGCAGCAGCAACAACAGUCUGGCGAUGGUGUCGAAUGGCUGCUCAUAGAUGGCGAAGAUGGAAGGACGACCCUUGCUCGGUUGAUUUACCACCACCCCUGGGUGCGGGAGCAAUUCCAGCAUCGAAUCUGGGUGGAUGUCUCAAAAGUUGCUUAUUUGGAUCCUACGAUGAUCAUGAGAGAAUUCACGAGUUCAAUAACCGGGGAGCCAUGCGAGGACAUCUGGCUAUUCUUCGACGGAAUCCAUGGAAGCAAAUACUUGCUCGUUCUGGAUGAUCUCAACAUCGGGGAGGAGGACAGAGAUAAGUGGUCCCAAUUGGAGAGCUUUCUAUUGCUCGUCGGCGCCCCGGGGAGUACCGUGGUGGUCGUUCCUUUCUUCAACUCGCGUUUAAUUGAGAGUGUAUUGGGGUCCACGCGUUUAAUUGAGAGUAUAAUAUUGGGGUCCACCGACUUGGUUUUUACUCAGUAUAAAUGGGGGUCCUCUUCUGUCCGAAAGUACGAGUUGGGGAGCCUAUCGAAGGAUGAUUGGGUAAAAUUGUGCAUGAGACAAGCACUCAUCCGGCCCGAUCAACACGAGCAAGCAAACGCGAUAAUUCAAUUAUGUAAUAGUGACUAUUCUUCAUCAGAUGAUGGGUCUCCCGUGUUCGCCAAGGUUUUUGGGUCUCCCAUGUUCGCCAAGGUUUUUGGCACCGCAUUCAGAUAUGCUGAAAUGAAUCGAUGGCAACAACGAAUCGAUGAACAUGGACACGAUUAUGUCUUCAAUCAGGUUAAGGAAAGGGUGAACAACCAGGUUAUGGCUUUAAUCGUGUCUCAUUGCCUGUCACGAAAAUGGACACGAUUUAUGUUGUACGGCUGGUUGAUUAGACAUGGUGGUGACAUGGUCGAUUAUAAAGACUUAUUGCACGUGUUAGCUGCUGAAGGCCUUCUGCCGUAUUCGGUCGACGAAGGGAUGACAGGGGAAAAUGCGCAGCUCAGAGUCUCUAAUGAGACCUAUUCUUCGAUAACUAUCACAAAAUAUUGCUAUACGUUGAGUGCGGUUGAUUCAAAUUCAACAAUCCCACGACAAUGUCUCCAUUUACGUAUCUUGGUCGAUUCCAAUACGAUAGUUUUUCCAAAUGCCUUCUUCGACGGGGUAAAUAUGUUGAGAAGUUUGGUAUUACAACCUGAGCAGAUGGAUCACCAACAUAAAUAUCAAAUCUUAGAUAUCCCAAAAGGUAUGUUUAACAAUCUUAUACAUGUACGAAUUUUAUAUUUACGAGCUAUCAGAGUCCAACAGCUACCUGAUACAGUGGGCAAGUUGCUUAUUUUGAGAUAUCUCAACCUUUCCCAAUCCGAGAUCCAAGCACUUCCCGAGUCCUUGUGCAAGCUCAAAAAUUUACGAGUCUUAAAUCUAGCUCAUUGUGAAAAGCUUCGGAAGCUACCGAAACGAAUACAUAAUCUUGAGAAUUUACAUAUUUUAAAAUUAGCUUAUUGUACAAAGCUUCAGAGGUUACCUAUUUCGGUCACCGGCCUUAUAAAUCUACGAGAGUUAGAUCUGGAAAGUUGUCAAUGGCUUGUUGAAUUACCUGAGGGUUUGAGUAACUUGAAAAAACUUAUAGAUCUCAACGUAUAUAGAUGUCCAUUGAAUCAAAUGUCACGUGAAAUAAGUCAAAUGAGUAACCUCAUGAAGUUGUAUGGAUAUAUCAAAAUUAGUGAUAUUGGAAAUGUCUUCUCGGAGUUACAAUCAUUGAUGAAUCUAAAAGAACUAGUGCUACAAAAUCUCGAACAAGUGUCAAAUUCAGAAGAUGCUUUAAAAUUACAUGAUGUACUUCCACGACUCAGAUAUUUGAGGUUAAAUUGGAAAUGGGACAAUACGGAUGACAUGAGAACCUCGGAAUUGGUUUCAUUGCAGGUGCUUGAAAACUUCCGACCUAAUCCAAACUUGAAAAAAUUAGAGAUUAUUUUAUAUGCUAGUGAGGAAUUUCCCGAAUGGAUAAAAAAUGGAUUUGACUGUCUUCACAAGUUGAAAUGGAUCAAACUAAUCAAUCUCAAGAAAUGUAAAAGGCUACCUUCACUUGGAGGACUACACGAUCUCAAGAUUAUCGAGAUAAGUGGUAUGGAUUUAAUCAAUGCUAUGGAUGAAGCAUUCUACGGUGAAAAUGAAAAUGGGACAUUUCCUAAUUUGGAAAAACUCAUAUUGUCCGAUAUGCCUGCACUAGAAAAAUGGUUAAAGGUGGAGCGACGAGAACGCUUGUUCCCGAGACUUGGUGAAUUGACAUUAAUCCAAUGUCCAAAAUUCAAAGCUUUAGAGGUGGAUCUGGAGGUCACAAGAUUGAGUAUUUGGUUGAACAAUAAGAUGCUGCGGACAUCUGAAUUCAAGGGUUGGCAUAACCUCCAAAGUAUAGAGCACUUGGAGAUAGUUGGAUGCCAAGAGAUGAGGCGUUUGCCACAGGACAUGGAACGGUGUGAUAGACUUCACAAGUUGAGAAUUAUCGGAUGUGACAAUUUGGACUGUUUGCCGGAGUGGCUGCAAGGAUUUGAAAGUCUGAAAUAUUUAUGUAUGUAUGGCUGCAGAGCUCUGUCAUUCAUGCCAGAGAAGCUUAAACGAUUUGUCGAAGUUAAAGGUUGUCCAAAGCUGCGACGUUAA